AUGGGUAAAGAUCUGUCCAAACCGUUCGUAGCACGUCCAACUCAAGUUGCGGUCGAAUUCGACGGUGAAAGGUUUGCUGUAUGGUCAGUUUCACGAGAAGUUGUGGUUUCCGCCAAAAACAUGGGCCAUGACGGACAAAUUAUUUUCUACAUGUCCCACCAUGACUGCUUGAUAAAAAAUCACGGCAUUAAAGAAAUGGGCUUGAACAAUGGUGUAGUAUACCAGAUUGAUCAAAAGAAAAGUAUCGAUGCCGUGAACAGAGGCCAACAAAGCUACGUAACCUAUUCGUCUGGAGCAAGUCGAUCUAGAGCUGCUACAAUAGACACCGAAGCACCAACACCAAAUAUAUCAGCUGUGGCGCCCGUCACAACGACACCAGCACCAGAUCCACAACUAUCAGUCAUACAAGCACAGAGCGGUGAGGAAAGAGCAAAAGCACGAACUGGAUGGAUGAUUUGGGGAAUUUUCUUCGGUUUCUUCACUGGUUCUUUCCUCGCACUUCUUAUCGCUGGUAGUCUACUCUACUUCGGUCGCCGAACAGUUUACACAGAUUGGUAUCGUGGAAUGUACAAACGAUAUGGCUGCGACGCGUCGGGUAUCACUGGUGGAGUCACUGGAGGAGCAUUUACUGUUGGCGCAACGAGUGGAGUCGGCGGCCUGUCAACAAUCGGUGGAACUACAAUGGGAGGUACCACUGGAGGAACGACAACGGGUGGCACAACUGGCGGAACAACGAUGGGUACAACUGGUGGUACAACUGGCGGCACCACAAGUGAUUCAGGCAUGAGUACAAGUGGAACAACUGGAGGCACUACUGGUGGUACAACUGGAGGUACUACUGGUGGAACUACUGGUGGAACAUCAGGAACAUCGGGGACUGAAGGGGGUACUUCCGGUGCUGAUAUGGUUACCAUGUGA